GGGGGAGGCACCGCGCUGUUUCAUCUAUUUAUCCUCUGAAUGCUCUGGCUUUCAUCAGCUACGAAAACUUCAGGUCCAAAAUAGGAGAAUAUCGCUGGAUGCGUGGACACAUUUUUUUUCCGAUUUUGCAUUGCCUCUAGCGAAGACGCACGCCGGUGUUUGGAGAGAUAGAAGAAAAAGGGACACAAGCACGUAAGUGUAUCGAUCGACAGAGCUGUUCAAAACCAGCUGCUUAAUUCAGAACUCCUGUUCAUUAUUCUCCUGGCUAGUCCCUGUUGCGAAUGGAGGAGGGGUUGGGAGUUUCAGGAUAUAAAUAGGUUUUCACGAACAUAGUCCAAGGGGCGAGAGCUAGUACAGGAUAACUCCGUAAAAAAGUUCAAGUUUUCCCGGGAGCGGAGCAUCUUAAUAUUUUAAGGAACUGUUAGGUACUUAAUUGUCGCAAGUCAUAUAAAAAUUUGUCCAUCCAAUGUCGAUGAUGACGGUUUUCCCCCGCUCCCAGCGUCCCAAGUGGUGUGUUUUCGGACCCGCGAUUGGGCCAAAUGCUAGCUUGCCGGCUGAAUCCACAGGUCGAAUGGCAUCGCGGAACAUCCGCCCCCAUUAUUAUCAUGAUUUUCUGCUGGUUUUUAACUUCUCGGACACGGAGCAGAUUGGGCGGGAGUAGAGUAACCGUUAGAUACAACGGCGUUGUUCUAUUGAGGACUGCAUUGGGGCUGGUGCGGUGUGUGGAGUGUGGUGUGGUGUGGUGUGGUGUUGUAGUGCGGUGUGUAGUGUGCGGUGGUAUGGUAUGGUUUUUGGUGUGAGAUGUCUGCCCCACCACGCUCUGAAUAACCGCCCGCGCCCGCCGCAUGUUGCUCGUUCUCCUGUUGCUGUUUGAUGUUAUUCAUAUUAUUAGCUGGACACCCGUUUAAGUAUCUAGACGGUUAGCUAAUUAUUUUUUUUCUGCUGCGGCCUUUUGGGAACAGCGUGUGUGGGCGGGUAACUAACUAACAACUAUUUCAUGCCCUUGUUGGAACUUUGGACUACAUGUUUAUUUAUGCGACCUCUUCCAGACCGCAUCGGCGCCAUCAACCCCGUGCAAUAGUUGAAAACCCUCCAGAAUACUUGUGAUAAGGCAAGAUAUCACACCUCACGACUGGCAACUGUGUCGAUUUGGGUAUUAUUUGGCCAUCUCGGUAUCGUAUCCAGCGCUAGUCGAGCCUAUCGUCGUCCCCCUCCACGACUCGCCCAAUCGAGUAAAUAUUUAUUCCUCUCACAAUAUCAACGCAGACCGAGCAACACAGUCAGUUCUCCAGGCCAUAUUCACCAUCAGCAGUUUCCCCUCUCUCGAUUACCCCCCUCGUUCGCGGGUCUUCCUUGACACUCGAAUUCCACGGCUUUUUCCCCUACGGUAUAUCCCCAAACUCGAUCCAUACAUCCAUAUAUCCAUAUAUCCAGUCGCAUUCGUCCGAUCUGCGUUACAUAUCAUAGUAAAACAAGGUCUCAGUCCUGGUGAUAUCUUGCCGCUUCUAACUAUCUCACAUCCUCCCAGGGACUUCUCCUCCUAAAUACCCUAUUCUAUUCACAUAUAAGAAAAGACAACAAACAACUGGCCUGUUGAACUUAAUAUCAAUUCAGGCAGUGUUGCAAACAGGAAAUCACAAUUAUAUCUCCAGGAGGAACUGAGGAUCAACAGAGUUGCAGCGUUGACUCUGCGUGAGAAAGUGCUUCGCAGAUAUUCCCACUCACGUUAAGCUCUGCUACCAUUGUUCAAUUUUACCCCGUGAUUUGUCACCAUGAACUUCUUGAUUUAACAACUGCGCUCGAUCUGCUUAUUUUAAAUCAGCUUUUUGCCUACGGCUGCCCGACCUUGAUCUCUCCUUCGUUAAUGUCCCACUUUCGUCACAAUUCCGACUGCUAACCUACUGGGUUUAGUCAUCAGGAUCUAGCACCAUCAGGAUGGUCCAGCCACCAAGUUCUCAAGGAGGGUCGAGGAAGAUAUCGUUCAAUGUUUCCGAUCAGUACGAUAUUCAGGAUGUGAUUGGGGAGGGCGCGUAUGGAGUUGUCUGCUCCGCACUUCAUAAACCCUCAGGUCAGAAAGUCGCCAUAAAGAAGAUCACGCCGUUUGAUCACUCUAUGUUUUGCCUACGCACGCUGCGUGAGAUGAAACUCCUUCGAUACUUCAAUCAUGAGAACAUCAUCUCGAUCCUGGACAUCCAGAAGCCCCGCAGCUACGAGACCUUCACUGAGGUGUACCUCAUUCAGGAACUCAUGGAGACAGAUAUGCAUCGCGUGAUUCGUACCCAGGACCUCUCCGAUGACCAUUGCCAAUAUUUUAUCUAUCAGACCCUGCGAGCCCUGAAGGCUAUGCACUCUGCAAAUGUUCUUCAUCGUGAUCUGAAGCCCUCCAACUUACUCCUGAACGCAAAUUGCGACUUGAAAGUUUGUGACUUCGGUCUAGCCCGCUCUGCGGCUUCCACAGACGACAACUCUGGAUUUAUGACAGAAUAUGUGGCCACCCGUUGGUACCGUGCACCGGAAAUUAUGUUGACCUUCAAGGAAUACACAAAAGCCAUUGACGUUUGGAGUGUUGGUUGCAUAUUGGCGGAAAUGUUGAGCGGAAAGCCGUUGUUCCCCGGCAAGGAUUAUCACCACCAACUUACUCUCAUCCUGGAUGUCCUGGGAACACCAACCAUGGAAGAUUAUUACGGCAUCAAGUCACGUCGUGCUCGGGAAUACAUCAGAUCCCUCCCCUUCAAGAAAAAGAUACCCCUGAAAGCCCUAUUCCCCAAGACCUCCGACCUAGCUUUGGACCUGCUCGAGAAACUCCUUGCAUUCAACCCAGUAAAACGUAUCAGUGUCGAAGAUGCUUUGCGCCAUCCUUACCUGGAACCCUAUCACGAUCCAGAGGAUGAACCAACCGCUGAACCGAUCCCAGAAGAAUUCUUCGAUUUCGAUAAAAAUAAAGACUCUCUGAGCAAGGAGCAGCUAAAAGUUCUUAUCUACGAGGAGAUCAUGCGGUAGGCGGUGACAGAGUGUUCUUUGUUCUUUUUUUUUUGUCUUUCACAUGUACGCAAGAAAAUAAAACACGAAGAAAAAUGAAGAAGACACAAAGCUACCACCCCUCCUCCUUCCGGCCCUUCCCAUUUUCUCACAGCCCCACGUCGUCACACAUUGAGUCUAGCAAACGUUGGCGUUUUUUGAGUGAGUGCGGGCUGCGGGCAGACAUGGCAGACAGAUACAGAUCAUUUGAAAGAAGUACAUGAAUAUAUCAUGGCUCUAAAAGAUCCGAUUUUGAUGGAACCAAAUGGCUGGUUUUUCCUUUUUUUAUUAAAUUUUCUUUUACUCUUGCAUGGUUAAUUAUUUUAGUUAUGCCUGUUUGGUGUACAAUUUUUUCUAAUCGAUUUUUCGUUAUUUUCCCUAUGACCUUGUAUCUCGGUCCGUAUUUCUUUCUUUUUUCUUUCUUUUCUUUUUCUUUUCUUUUUCUUUUCUGUCUUUUUUUCUUUUCUCCCUUCUCUUCUCUGUUUCCCCUUUGUUGCAUGUUCCUUUCCAUUUGUUCUAUCCGUUUUAUACAGUUGCGGGUUUUGCAGUCUAGCAUAGGAAUAAUUCAAGGCUGGGCCAGCUAGCAGAGCAUCUGGUAAAACUUGACCAGGUAAUAAUAAGCGUAACUAGUUGACGGGCUUCAAGAGGACGAAAAUCUUAAGCACUUAAUUGUGACAUUGUGGUCGCCCCUAAUCACCCUUGACCCCGAGUUCGAAAGUCGUUGAUACUCAUUCUUAACAUAACUACUCCUUGUUCCAAUUCCGAGCGGGUAGCUAUUGUUAAACUGGACAUCGCUCAUUCGCAA